AUGUUCGUCUUCAAACGAGAUGGACGCAAAGAACGCGUUCAAUUUGACAAGAUCACAGCACGUGUCUCGAGAUUGUGCUAUGGUCUUGAUCCCGAACACGUUGAUGCAGCAGCUAUCACCCAGAAAGUGAUCUCUGGUGUUUACCAAGGUGUUACCACCAUUGAGCUAGACAAUCUCGCCGCAGAGACCGCAGCAUACAUGACCGUCACACAUCCCGACUAUGCCAUACUGGCGGCUCGUAUUGCUGUUUCCAACCUCCACAAGCAGACCAAGAAACAGUUCUCGUCUGUAAUCUCAGAUCUCUACCAUUACGUCAACCCCAAGAACCAAAAACCUUCUCCCAUGAUCUCGAAAGAGACUUACGAGUGUGUCAUGAAGCACGCCGAUGAGCUCAACUCGGCCAUUGUAUAUGACCGAGACUUCAACUACCAAUACUUUGGCUUCAAGACGUUGGAGAGAUCAUACUUGCUCAAGAUCGGCAAACAAGUUGCUGAACGACCACAACACAUGUUGAUGCGUGUGUCUGUUGGUAUUCAUGGCGAUGACGUCGAGAAGGCCAUCGAGACUUACAAUCUGAUGUCUCAGAAGUGCUUUACUCACGCUUCUCCUACCCUGUUCAAUGCUGGAACGCCUCAGCCCCAACUGUCUUCAUGCUUUUUGAUUGACAUGAAGGAGGACAGCAUUGAGGGCAUCUACGAUACACUCAAGACCUGUGCUAUGAUCUCCAAGACCGCUGGCGGUAUUGGUCUCAAUGCUCACUGCAUUCGUGCCACUGGCUCAUACAUUGCUGGCACCAACGGUACCUCCAAUGGCCUCAUCCCCAUGCUAAGAGUCUUCAACAACACUGCACGUUAUGUCGACCAAGGUGGCAACAAGCGCCCAGGUGCCUUCGCCAUCUACCUGGAGCCAUGGCAUGCGGAUGUCUUCGACUUUUUGAACUUGAGGAAGAACCACGGCAAAGAAGAAGUCCGUGCUCGUGACCUAUUCUACGCCCUGUGGACUCCUGAUCUUUUCAUGAAGCGUGUUGAGAAAAACCAGGAUUGGACCCUCUUCUGCCCUCAUGAGGCUCCCGGUCUUGCUGAUGUCUAUGGCGAAAAGUUCGAGGCUCUCUAUGAGAAAUACGAAAAAGAAGGACGUGGUCGCCAGACUGUCAAGGCUCAGAAGCUGUGGUAUGCUAUUCUUGAGGCUCAGACUGAGACCGGUACACCUUACAUCCUGUACAAGGAUGCAUGCAACGAGAAGAGCAACCAGAAGAACUUGGGCACCAUUCGAAGCUCAAACUUGUGCACGGAGAUUGUCGAGUUCACUUCCCCUGAUGAGGUGGCUGUCUGCAAUCUUGCCUCGCUGGCACUGCCGACUUUCGUCGAUCAGUCUACUGGCGAGUAUGACUUCGGUCGCCUGCACGAGGUUACCCAAGUAGUCACUCGAAACCUAAACAAGAUCAUUGACGUCAACUACUACCCGGUACCCGAGGCAAAGAAGAGCAACAUGAGACAUCGACCUGUUGGUCUUGGUGUUCAAGGUCUGGCGGAUGCUUUCCUCGCACUACGUCUACCAUUCGACUCUCCAGAAGCCAGACAGCUCAACAUUCAGAUCUUCGAGACCAUUUAUCACGCCGCAUUGACAGCCUCUUGUGAGCUUGCCAAGGAACAAGGCACCUAUGAAACGUAUGAGGGCAGCCCAGUCUCACAAGGCAUCCUUCAAUAUGACAUGUGGAAUGUCACUCCUUCCGACCUCUGGGACUGGGAUAGCCUGAAGGCAGAGAUUGCUAAGCACGGUGUCCGGAACUCCCUGCUAGUUGCUCCCAUGCCUACUGCAUCGACCUCCCAGAUCUUGGGUAACAACGAAUGCUUUGAGCCAUACACAUCGAACAUCUAUUCUCGACGUGUGUUGGCUGGUGAAUUCCAAGUUGUCAACCCAUGGCUGCUGAAGGACCUGGUCGACCUGGGUCUCUGGUCUGACAAUAUGAAGAACCGUAUCAUUGCCGAGGGUGGAUCGAUUCAGAACAUUCCAAACAUCCCUGAUGACAUUAAGGCUCUGUACAAGACCGUCUGGGAAAUCAGUCAGCGUACUGUUCUGCAGAUGGCUGCCGACCGUGGUGCCUUCAUCGAUCAGUCUCAGUCACUCAACAUUCAUCUCAAAGAGCCAACCAUGGGUAAGAUCACAUCCAUGCACUUUGCCGGCUGGAAGAUGGGCUUGAAGACUGGCAUGUACUAUCUCCGAACUAUGGCAGCCACCCAACCCAUUCAGUUCACCGUGGACCAGGAGCAGCUCAAGGUCGCAGAUACCAAUGUUGCCCGGGAACGAAGUGCUCCUAAGAAGCGGACCUCACUCGGUUAUGGACAGAGUUACACGACUUCCUCUGUGCGACCAAUGUAUGCUUCCAAGAACUCCAACUCCAGCUUUCACGGCGGAGCUACCUCGAUGAAUGGAAUCCCAACCCCAACAUCGACACCUCCGCCAACAGAAGACAAGCAGCUCGCCAGCAAGCUUGCUCGUAGCCGUCUCAGUGACGGUGCUAGCAGUGGCGAACCCAGCCCUAAGGAUAAGGAGAGCGACUCAGAGGAGCGUGAGGGUGAUAUUUAUGCUCAAAAAGUUCUGCAGUGUUCCAUUGAGAACAAGGAGGCAUGCAUCAUGUGCAGUGGUUAG